GUAGCUGAUUUUAAAUUGAGUAACAUAUCAGAAGAGAAGGGGGACAGCGAUCAACACACUCGAGAUAGAAAUAAUAUUGCAUUUAGUUGUUUCCUAUCAGUUGAAUUGUGAGCACGUUUUUUCUUCACACAAAAAAUACGAAAAUGCCGGUACCACCAAUUGGAAAACGAGCUCCAGAAUUUGCAGGAACUGCUGUAGUCAAUGGACAAUUUAAGGACAUUAAAUUAGACGACUAUAAAGGAAAAUAUUUAGUAUUAUUUUUCUAUCCAUUAGAUUUUACAUUCGUAUGCCCAACCGAAAUAAUCGCAUUUUCCGAUCGUGCUGAUGAAUUCCGUAAAAUUGGCUGUGAAGUAAUUGCUGCCUCAACUGACAGUCACUUCUCACAUUUGGCAUGGAUCAAUACGUCACGUAAAGAAGGCGGUAUUGGUAACAUGAACAUUCCCGUUUUAGCUGAUAAAUCAAUGGCAACCGCACGCGCCUACGGUGUGCUCAACGAAGAAACUGGUAUCCCAUUCCGCGGUUUAUAUAUCAUCGAUGGUAAAGGUAUUUUACGUCAAGUGACCAUCAACGAUUUACCAGUUGGACGAUCAGUCGAUGAAACCUUACGACUUGUACAAGCGUUCCAAUUCACCGAUGAACAUGGUGAAGUAUGUCCAGCAGGUUGGAAACCAGGUGACAAAACAAUGAAACCAGACCCAGUUGGAAGCAAAUCAUAUUUCAAACAAGCUAACUAAGGUUACCAUUUAUUAUUGUUCCGUACUCUGUGGAAGAUUUAUUUUUUAUUUAAUACCACCCCUGUCAUCCAUUUACUCAAAAAAAAAUCUUA